AUGGUUAAGGAAGGAAUUGUCCUUGGGCAUAGAAUUUUAAAGAAAGGAUUGGAAGUGGACAAAGCUAAGGUGGAAGUCAUUGAAAAGUUACCUCCACCUGCCAAUGUUAAAGGUGUCAGAAGUUUCCUAGGGCAUGCUAGUUUCUACAGAAG